AUGUCUGACUUCAGGUACCUCCCCUUCCCGCUCCCCGCUGACGCAACCCUCACACUCACCACCACAAUCACCAGAGACCCCUCGACCCCUAUCCCAACCGCCACCACAUCGCCCUCAAUCUCAACCAACUCCCUCCGAGACCCUUCCCAGACCCUCUCCAUCACCACAAUCACGCUCCGCGUCACAGACGCCCCAUCCAACUCCAGCAGCAUCAUCCUCAGUACCAUCGCGGCAUCCCCAUCCUCCACUCUUAUUCCAACCCCUACCCCCUCCGGCCCAGCCCACAAGCCCGCAGUCCGAGGCGACAUCACUCCCACAUUCUACAUCCUCGCCCUCGUCCCCAUCCUAGUGAUGAUCCUCUGCGCCUACGAAUCCUACACCCACCGCAAGAUCGACGCCAAGCAGAAGAACAUCACCACCACCACCAGGGCAGCCGCCCCUCGCAACCACCCCAAUGGCGACAUCGAGCUCCAGGACCUCUCCACCGCUCCCGCGGCCCCCCUGCGCCAGUACUGGUGGUUCGAGGACGACACCGUCACAAACCAGGUAAGCACCGACACCGACGACCGCGGCGUGCCCUACAACUCCCUCUGCCACCCGCCUCCCCCUCUCCCCCUCCCCUCCCUCUGGACAGCCUCCUGGUGGCCGUACAGCCGCGGCAGCGGGCAAGGCCGUCCCCACGGCACACUCCCCGGCUGGGGCAGGCGGCACACCUUCUCCGAGUGCGGCUCGUACCCCUCCACCUUCGACCCGUCCCGGCCGCGUCUCGGACUCAAGUUUGAACCUCUCACCCAAGAGGCCAGGAGACGGGCGCGGGACGGAGGAGAAGGAGGAGGAGGGGAGGUAUACUCGCGCCGCCUGAUCGUGGGCCGUGACGCCGACGGCGCCACCGACACCGCCCCCGCAGCCGCCGAGACCAACCUCGUGCCCUCCCGCCCUUCUACCCCCGACUGGGCCGCCGGCAUCCCCUCUUACUACAACAAUGGCCGCUCCCCGACCCUCAACUACUCCUCCUCCGUCUCCUCCUGCUCUUCUACCUCCGUCACCGACAAGGGCAAGGCCAAGGCCAGCAGCAGCAGCGGCGGCGGCAACAGAGACGAGGCUGCCGCAGCCGCGGUCGCCACCAGCACCGGCCAGCCCACCACCACGGCUGCGACGUCUCGGCGCCCGAGGAACGUCGCCGCCGGCGAGGGCUCAUCCUCGUCGACCGACGUAUCCCAGUCUGCGGACGCCCCGAAGAACCUCCCGCCCCGGUGCGACACCUGCAAGGCGUGGCCGCUCAUCGAGUGGCCCCGUCUCUGCACCUCCUGCGGGCAGGUCGUCUAA